AUCCGCCAUAAUAAAAAAAGAAGAAGAAGAAGAGCGUUUAAAAAAAAUCGUUAUUUUUUCUUUGAAAGAAUGAAUUUAUAAGGAAGUAAAGGGUUUUUUGAUUUAUUCGUUUUCAAAAAGAGGGUUAAAUCUUUACAGCAUUUACAAGCAGGUCUGGUAAAGUAAGGAGCCGCUAAGCAGGGUCUGCGAAUGUGAUUUGGAUGAAAGUUGGCGUAUCUGGGAAUGAAUAGAAAACGCGCUCUGAUUUCCGACACUUUCAAAGUGAAGAAAAGGAGAAAUGGAACAGAAAAGUUCGGGGCUGUUAAUGAAGGAAAUGGACCAGCUGACGUGAAGUCUACGCUGCAGUACCUCAUGACAUUGUUUCCUAGGAAGCUCUUUAACGAUACCCUUCCUCCUAUUGUACUGAAGCACCAGCUUUACAGCAUCCACAAUGACAAGACCCUGGUGGAUAAAGAAGUGAAUAAACUCCAGGAGAGUGGGGAGCUGCUGAUCUUCCAGCUUGGGUUUGACACCGAAGCGUUUGGGCUGGUUUUUGCGUCAGACUACAAGGCCAAAGUGCUGGCUGGCCAAGAGGGGGAAGUAACGCAGACAACCGUUGAGAAGUUCUUGGAGAAAGUGGUUUCCUCCUGCACGGAUCUGAGCUUCAGCAAAGACAAGAUGAUGAGAGAGUUUCUUUUCACAGAUUCUGAGAUAACGCAACUGAUGAAGUCGGGAGUCCUGACUGUGAGGGAUGCUGGCAGCUGGUGGCUUGCUAUUCCCAACUCUGGCAAAUUCACAAAGUAUUUCAUUAAAGGCCGUAAAGCGGUGCUUGGAAUGGUGAAGAAGUCCAAAUAUAAUGAAAUGUUACAAGCCGACUUAGAGGAGCGACGCACCACCUCACAAGUGAAAUUUCCUAUCAAGUACCAUGUCCAUGACAUUGUUGGGGCAGAGUUAGUAGAAAGCAUACCUACAACUUCGGGGACUUUGUUGCGAUUUGCAGAUUCAUGAGGUUUUGACCAAGCAGAUGGAGAGCUGCUGAAGAUUAAAAAUGUGAAAAACAUCUGAAGACUUUUUCCAAGAUGUAAAAUUUGAGCCAUAUGUAUUACAAACCCUUUGUAGAUUAAUGGAUUGUACAUUUUGUUCACAUCACAUUGUUACACGCUGGGUUAUCUUAUAAUUAAAAUUACUUUUGAGACGUUA